AUGCAAGGAAUUAACAAAUACGGCUUAGAAAAAUAGGAGUUUGAUCCUGUUAAGCAUCUUGAAUAUUUGAGAUCGCUUCAUUAAGAAGGUCCUCACUUAGGAAAUUAAUAUUUAGAAGAUUCUGCCUUAAACGAGUACCUCAAGCCCUUAAUUAGCAGCGAAAUUUUGGGUAAACACUAAAAAGAUCUUGAAAAAUUAGGUGACUUAGCAGUUAACAAAAUGCUUGAUUUAGCUAAGUAAUGCGAAAGAGAGCAGCCUCAGCUUGUUUAAUUUGAUGCUUAUGGAAGAAGAAUAGAUAAAUUAAAUUUAUCAAAUGCUUGGCACAAAAUGCAUGAAAUAUCUGCUGAAUAAGGAAUAGUAGCAACAGCAUAUGAUCCUUAAAAUGGAUAAUAUGCAAGAUUGAUAUAGCUUAUCAAGCUCUAUAUUUAUUCAACUUCUAGUGGAUUAUAUGGAUGUCCUUUAGCUAUGACAGAUGGGGCUUCAUAUGUUUUAACAUAAGUUCUAGCUCAUGAUAGCAAAGUUUUAGAUAAAAAAGUCAUUGGUAAAAUAUAAGACGCACUAAAUCACCUGACAACAUACAAUCCUGCUGAAUUUUGGACAUCAGGCUAAUGGAUGACUGAAAAAAGAGGUGGUUCGGAUGUAUCUGGCUCUACAGAGACUGUUGCUGUAAACUACAAGCCUAACAAAUACAGAUUGUAUGGCUAUAAAUGGUUUUCUUCUGCCACAGACUGUCAAGUUACUUUAGCUUUGGCAAGAAUUAUCCCUGAAGGGGCAAAACUUACCUUGGAAGAAAUGCACAAAAUUCCACUUUCUCUUUUCUUGCUUAAGCUAAGAAAGAAAGACAAGGAGUUAAAUAAGAUAGAGAUUAUUAGAUUAAAGGAAAAAUUAGGAACUAAGCAAUUGCCUACUGCUGAGCUUCUUCUUAAAGGAACUCCAGCAUACUUGAUUUCUCCAGUAGGAAAGGGAAUUAAAUAUAUUUCUCAUAUGUUAAACAUUACUAGAUUAUAUAACUCAGCUUUUGCUGUUGGAGGUAUGAGAAGAAUGAUUGCACUUUGUAGAGAUUACAGUGAUAGGAGGGCGGUAUUUGGAAAUAAACUAAGCAAAAUACCCUUACAAGUUAAGGUAUUAAGUGAUAUGGAAGUUACUUUUAGAGGAAAUUUAAUACUUUUACUGAGAGUUGGAUAUUGGCUUUCUAAAGAGUAAUCAAAUACAGCAACUCAGAUGGAAGGUGAUCUUUUGAGAAUAUCUUCUCCAAUACUAAAGUUAUAUAGUGGUAAAGAUGUUGUUAGAUUGUGCAGUGAAGGUCUUGAAUAUUUUGGUGGCUUGGGUUAUAUGGAAAAUUCUCAUUUACCUAAUCUAUUUAGAGAUUCAUAGGUUUUAGCUAUUUGGGAAGGCACAACAAACGUUCUUUGCCUUGAUUUCUACAGGGCUAUUGUAAAUAACUCAAGUAUGGAUUCUUAUGUGAAGUUUAUUUAAUCUAUUCUCUUAAAUGUAGUUUCUAAUGAAAACGGCUUAAUUUCUAAGAAUUUGUUUAAAGAUAAUUACACAAUCCUUGUAAAUGAAUUUAACGAAAAUCAAUAGCAAUUGAAUAACUUGAUUUUAAGCAAGGAAUUCCCUAAAUAUUCUCAUCACUUGAGGGAAAUAGUAUUUAACUUUGUUAGAGUUUUUAUUGGUGUACUUCUUUUAGAACAUGCUAUGAUUAGUGGAAGAGAUAAGGAUGUUGAUAUAUUCACAAGAUGGUUGAAUAUCUCUCCAAAGCAUGUUGUUAAUCUUUCUUACGAUGUUUAGAAAGUUAAAAAAAUUGGUCUUGACACUGAUGCUCUGGACUAGUAAAGAGGUUGUGGGGAUAAAGAUUCAAGAGGUUUAAUUAGACCAAGAUUCUGA